AUGUCACGUGAUAGUGCUGCUAAUCAAUUGAUUGAUUUUAAAAAUAAUACAAAAUCUCCAUGCGGUGUAAUUACCACAACAUCGGGUAUUCCCAUCGGUAUUCCCGAUGCAAUGUUAUCGGUUGGUGCCAAUGGACCCUUGCUUCUGCAAGAUCAUCAAUAUUUACGAACCGUACAGCAUUUCAAUCGAGAACGCAUUCCAGAACGUGUUGUCUUUGCCAAGGGCGCUGGAGCAUUUGGUUAUUUCGAAGUUACCAAUGACAUAAGCCGUUAUUGUGCAGCAACAAUGUUUGAGAAAAUCAAGAAACGUACUCCCAUAGCAUGCCGUUUCUCCGGAGGUUAUAGUUGUGAACGUGGUUCGGCUGAUACGUUGCGGGAUGUUCGAGGCUUUGCCAUUAAAUUUUAUACCGAAGAAGGUGUAUGGGAUAUUGUGGGUCAAAAUUUGCCAGUAUUUUUUCUACGCGAUCCUAUGCUCUUUCCAAGUCUGAUACAUUCCCAGAAACGGAAUCCUCAGACGAAUUUACGUGAUGCCGAUAUGUUUUGGGAUUUUGUAACAUUACGUCCGGAGACAUUGCAUCAGGUUUGUUUGCUAUUCAGUGAUCGUGGUUGUCCGGAUGGUUAUCGGCAUAUGCAUGGCUAUGGGGUACAUGCCUAUAAAUUGAUCAAUGCCAAGGGAGAACCGAUUUAUUGCAAAUUUCAUUUUCGCACCGAUCAGGGCGUACAAAAUUUGGAAUCAGCCAGAGCUGUGGAAUUAAUGGCCACUGAUCCUGAUUAUGCUUCGCGUGAUCUUUUCAAUUCCAUUAAGAAUGGCAACUAUCCCAGCUGGACUUUGUAUCUGCAACUGAUGACCUUUGAUCAGGCCAAGAAAUUCAAAUAUAAUCCCUUUGAUUGUACGAAAAUAUGGAAUUUCAAUGAUUACCCUUUGGUGGAGGUGGGCCGCAUAAUUUUAGAUCGAAAUCCCCUCAAUUAUUUUGCCGAAAUUGAACAAUUGGCAUUUAGUCCGGCAAAUAUGAUACCCGGUGUGGAGCCAUCACCGGAUAAGAUACUACAGGGUCGCCUCUUUGCCUAUGGUGAUGCUCAGGCAUAUCGUUUGGCAGCGAAUUGUAAUCAAAUACCGGUCAAUUGUCCAUAUCGGGUGAGCGUUAAGAAUUAUGAACGUGAUGCUGGCAUGACGGUGUCUAAUAAUUUGAGUGAAGCUCCAAAUUAUUAUCCGAAUUCAUUUGGUGGCGCCCAACCAUGUGAUCGGGUAAAGGCUUUGCAAACAUGCUGCCCUGUGGCUGGAGAUGUCUACCGAUUUUCAAGUGGUGAUACAGAGGAUAAUUAUAGUCAAAUCACAGAUUUUUGGGUUUAUGUCUUGGAUGAGUGCGCUCGCAAACGUUUGGUCAAUAAUAUUGCCGCUCAUCUCUGCUCGGCCAGUGAAUUUAUUCAGGAACGAGCUAUUCGCAACUGUACUAUGGUGCAUGCUGAUUUUGGUCGUUUACUUACGGAAGCAUUGAAUUUAGCCCAGGCGGGAACUUUGUGUUUGGGUUCGGAGGAAUAG